AGAGUUCGCGAGCGAGAGAGGGAGAGAGAGCGAGAGCAAGAGACACACACACACAGAGAGGCAGGCACAGUACAGACAUGUCGGACGGCAACAAGCCCGACAGCAUUCUCGUCUUCGGUGGCAACGGUCAGAUGGGCGCUCCGGCCGUGGCGUUGCUUUGCGCUCGUGUUCGCGCCACGCGCCGCCAUGACGAAUCGGUCUGCCGCGGUAACUGGUACUGGGACCACGCGCCCCGCACCGUGGAGACGCACGUGCGGCACGUCGUCGGCGACCGCGCGACGCUGGCGACGUGCGACGAGUUCCGGCGGCUCGUCGACGAGACGGGCAAGUUUAACCUGGUUUGUGGACUCAGUGCCUACCUUACCGGAGUUACAUCACGAGCAUCUGGGGAAAUCCUCAAGGGCCACGUAGGUGUCUACAUAGUCAUCAGCUCAGACUCUGUGUAUGAAGUUUCCGUGCCCAAGUCACACGAGGGCCCUAGUGUUGAGACGGAUGCCGUGAGACCACAAGAUCCCGCAGAACAGCAGAGACUCAAGGUCGCAGACUCAUACGGCCAUUAUAAGUUCGCAUGCGAGGAGGUUUUGGCCGAGCAGAAGAACAAAGAUGGCGGAUUUCCUUACGUGGCACUACGACCUCCAGAUGUCAUCGGUGAGCUUAUUUAAAAUCUUUCAUUCUAGAGUCAAGACGGUUGUCUGGCGUUUUAUAAUGAUCUUCCCCUAUAUAUCUUACAGUCACCUUUAUCAUCUGCUAUCCCUUCCUAUUUUCCCUU